GAAACGCACCUGUUAUGGUAUCAUUUUGCUAAUUAAAUGAUCUGUUACGUAAUAAGGCUAUAGAGAGGAUAUUGACACUAUAUGGCGGGAGAAUGGGAGCUUAUCUCGAUCGUUAACAAUGAGACUCAUUUCUCUGCUGAGAUCAAUUAAUUUAUAUCCAGCUUUCAAUAUAAAGAUGGUAUCAAUCAAUAUGAUGUGAUAAUAUUUUACUGAUGCUGUCAUUCUGGAUCUGUGAAAGGGAUAUUGAAGAAAACUAAUCUAGCGCUAAUUAAACAUGUCAACAUCAUUUUAAUCUGAAAAGCUUCGUUUUUUACCUUUUCACGUACUGGUAUUCUUAGUGGUGUUUUAAAAACAAAACAUGCGGGCUUUUUUGCAGUGUUAUACAUACGCUUUAAGGAUGAAAUACAAAUUCUGUGCGCAACGAUUUCAGUCUGAAUAGAAAUAUUUAUGAAAUAACAAAAAGAGAAAAAAAGAAAAGAAAAGAAAAGACUAUUGGAUAACAUUAUAAUGGAAGUAUCAUGCAUGUUUGGUUUAUGGAAAAUCAAUUUUGAAAUUGUACUGAGUGAUAUUAUAUUUCAUAGACUGAAUACCAGACUCUGUGGCAGAGUUUGUAAUGCUUGAAAUAACACAUUUAUAUUAUGGCUUUAAAACAAAAUAUUUAUGAUAAAUAUUGAAUGAAUAUUUUAAAUAGGUUGUGUGUUUUUAGUUUAAUGCUGUAACAUCAAAAUUAAAACUUUAAACUAGAAAGUGAAAUAGCACUGUAGAAAAUGGAAGAAAUGAAAGGUCCGGAAAAUGUUAAUGAAACUAUGGACAAAGAAUCUAAAUUUAUCGAAGAAAAUGAUAUUGCUAGAAGUAGUGUUCCAAAUAUGGAGAUGGAAGUAGUUGGAAAUGAAAAAGAGAUAUUGAAAGGUAUACCAAAUGCUGUUCAGACAGUAAACGAAGAAGUGGAAAAAUCUCAAGAGCAGGAAUUGAAAACACCAAAAUACUCCGCUAAUGUGUCCGAAUUGCGUCCACCUGUGAUAAGUGAAAUGGAAGAUGUCAAUGAUAAACCAAGUGAUUCGGACAAUUUAGAAUCCGGGGGUUGGAAACGUCUCGCAAAACAGGAAAAAAUGAAUGGCGGAGGACAAACUGUAUCUGAUGUAAAUGAUAGAAAUGGUUCGAAAUUUGAGACCAGCUCAUUUCCAAGAAGAAAAGGGUCUCUCAGCGUACCAGCUUUUUCAACGCUACUAAAAGAUGAAAGGCGAGAGUCGACUGUAUCAAAGAGCUCGAAACUGUCACUUUUAUCACCGAUUUCGCGGCGUUCUGUGCAACUGAAGACUGGCUUUACAACUGUACAGAUGCCAGUAGAUGAGAAAAGUUCGGUUCUUCAGCAAGAGGAUUCCUGGAUUCGAGUAGCAAUACCAUACCUGCCUUUAUGGGUUGCCGUUUUGUGUCUUCUGCUUAAUAUCCUAAUACCUGGAUCUGGUACAAUCUUAAGCGGUCUUUGUAUUCUAUGUUGUGCAAAGUCUCGUGUGCCACCAAAAUAUGAUCCAGACCCUGUACUUCUUAUUUGUGUGAACACAUGGGUGGGUAUAGCACAGCUUUUCACAGUUACCUUUUUGCUGGUGGGAUGGUUCUGGAGUAUCGCCUGGGGGAUCCGGAUGGUCAUUCUCUCCUUGGAGCAAAGACGGGAGCUGAGGGAACAGAGAGCUAUACAAUUGAAAGAACAGGCUCUAAGUGCAUUUGGAAAAGCUUUGGCGAGGAAAAUGUAGAAGUGAAAACAUUUCUAAUUAUUGACGUACUUUUUCCCCGUAUAAUAUCACUUACUAAUAAUUAUGCAGUGUUUCUCGGAAAAUGCCUAAAUACGUGUGGUAACUGCAUGUGGAUCUUGAAACUAUUUCUGUUAAGAUUGUCUCUUAAUUUUUUUAUUUAUUAAUCUCACAGAAUUGUUUCUGAAUCAAACUCGGUGUAAAUGAAAAAAUUCAAAGGUCUCAAGCAGUGAACAAACAGCUUUACUGCAUAUCAGUUAGCUGGAAUGUCUCCAGUUGUGGACAAAUUGCUUUACUACAUAUCAGUUAGCUGGAAUGUAUGCUGCUGUAAAAAUAUUACAGGUUGCUGGAAUGUGUUCAGUUGUGGACAAAUGGCUUUACUACAUAUCAGUUAGCUGGAAUGUCUCCAGUUAUAACAAAUGGCUUUACUACAUAUCUGUUUGCUGGAAUGUAUGCUGUUGUAAAAAUAUUACAGGUUGCUGGAAUGUGUUCAGUUGUGGACAAAUGGCUUUAAUACAUUUCCAGUUGCUGGGAUAUAUCUCAGCUGAGAACAAAUAACUAUUAUGCAUCUCCAGUUGCUGGAAUGUCUUUGGCUGCGAACAAAUGGCUUUCAUUAAUACAUCUCUGGUUGCUGGAAUGUCUUUGGCUGUGAACAAAUGGCUUUCAUAAAUACAUCUCUGGUUGCUGGAAUGUCUUUGGCUGUGAACAAAUGGCUUUCAUGAAUACAUCUCUGGUUACUGGAAUGUCUUUAGCUGUGAACAAAUGGCUUUCAUGAAUACAUCUCUGGUUGCUGGGAUAUCUUUAGCUGUGAACAAAUGACUUUCAUGAAUACAUCUCUGGUUACUGGGAUUUGACUUUCAUGAAUACAUCUCUGGUUGCUGGGAUAUCUUUAGCUGCGAACAAAUGGCUUUUUUACCUAACAGGUUGCAAGAAUGUCUCCAGCUGAGAAAUAUUUCUAAUUGUAGACAUACUUUUUUCCUUAUAUUAUAAUUUUGUAAUAAUUAUACAGUGUUUCUCGGAAAACGCCUAUGUACGUGUGAUAACCAUUUUGUUUAUUGCAUAGCUUUCAAGCUCAUGUGCAUCUUGAAAUUGCUUCUAUUUAAGACCAGUCUCUUUAUUUUUCUAUUCAUCAACGCGAUUGGUCUUUUUUAUAUAAAAUUCUGUGUAAAUGAAAAUAUUCAAAUGUUUUAAGCAGUGAACAAACAGAUUAAUCUCCAGCUGUGAACAAAUAUCAUUCAUGCAUCUCUAGCUGCAAUGUCUCCAGCGGCAGACAAACACCUUUACUGCAUCUCCAUUUGCUUGAAUGCAUGCUGCUUUAAACAAAUAGCUUUAAUACAUCUCCAGUUCCUGGAAUUUCACUAGCUUUAAACAAAUAGAUUUAAUAUUUUCUAGUUGCUGGAAUUUCACUAGCUUUAAACAAAUAGAUUUAAUAUUUUCUAGUUGCUGGAAUUUCACUAGCUUUAAACAAAUAGCUUUAAUACAUCUCCAGUUCCUGGAAUUUCACUAGCUUUAAACAAAUAGAUUUAAUACAUCUCCAGUUCCUGGAAUUUCACUAGCUUUAAACAAAUAGAUUUAAUACAUCUCCAGUUCCUGGAAUUUCACUAGCUUUAAACAAAUAGAUUUAAUAUUUUCUAGUUGCUGGAAUUUCACUAGCUUUAAACAAAUAGAUUUAAUAUUUUCUAGUUGCUGGAAUUUCACUAGCUUUAAACAAAUAGAUUUAAUAUUUUCUAGUUGCUGGAAUUUCACUAGCUUUAAACAAAUAGAUUUAAUAUUUUCUAGUUCCUGGAAUUUCACUAGCUUUAAACAAAUAGA